AUGGAAGAUCCACUUGACGGCAAAUCAGCUGAAGACAUUAAAGAAGCACUAGAAAACAGUAAUCAAGCCUUAGCUUUGGCAAGGAUCCAGGAGUAUUUGGAGAAGAAGAAAAAUACUCCACUAAAUAUUGCCGUCACAGGAGAGUCAGGCUCUGGUAAAUCCACCUUCGUGAAUGCCUUCAGAGGCUUACAUGAUGGUGAUGAAGGAGCUGCUCUCACUGGUUUUAAAGAAACCACCAAGGAGGUUACAUCAUACCCCCAUCCUAACUUUCCCAACGUCACACUGUGGGAUCUUCCUGGUAUUGGCACCACCAAGUUUCCAGCUGACAAAUACCUGAAGCAUGUUGGAUUUGAAAGGUUUGACUUCUUCAUCAUCGUCUCAUCUGAUCGCUUCAGAGAAAAUGAUGUGAAGCUCAUUAAGGAGAUUCAGAAGAUGGGGAAAAAGUUCUACUUUGUUCGCUCAAAGAUCGACCAUAACUUACGUGAUGAGAAAAGAAAGAUGAAGAUAAUGAAGUCAAAGUUCAAUGUUGAAAAGAUUCUCAAAGAAAUCAGGGAAGACUGCACUCAAGGUCUUCAGCAACAAGGUGUCAGGUCUCCACAAGUCUUCCUGGUGUCCAGUUUUCAUCUGGAGCGGUAUGAAUUCGCUCUCUUGUGGAAAACCUUAGAGAGAGAGCUUUCUGCACACAAGAGGCAUGCUCUGCUGUUGGCCAUGCCCAACAUCAGCCUGGAGGUCAUCAACAAGAAGAAAGAGGCUUUCCUAUCCGAAAUAAAAUAUUGGGCUCUUCUUAGUGCAGGUGGAGCAGCUGUACCGGUUCCUGGGUUUUCUUUUGCCCUUGAUUUGGGAGUGUUGGUUGUUGUUGUCACACGAUACGUAUAUGGGUUUGGUCUUGAUGACUCAUCACUGCAUUCCCUUGCUAACAGAUCAAAUGUGCCAUUGGAUGAUCUGAUGAAGAUCAUUGUUUCACCACUGGCUGCAAAAAAAAUAACCCGUGAUCUUGUCCUGAAGGCUCUUCUUCCAUUUGGAAAUGCAGCUAAGUUAAUGGCAGCAGAAGAAGCGUCAAGGUUUAUUCCAAUAUUUGGAAUCCCAGCAGCAAUGGGCCUCUCUUUUGUCUCCACCUACAGAAUUCUAAACACGUUCCUCGACAUGCUUGCUGAGGAUGCACAGAGAGUGUUUAAACUGGCCCUGGACAUAUCCAAGUCCAGGUGUGAGGUGCCAGUGCGAGAGAGUUUCCCUAAGACCCUCCAGGGAGGAGCCAGGAGAAGCUUCUGCAGCGACUGGUACAAAUCUCACCCCUGUUCAGUGAGACUGGGUGUUGGGAGUCCGAUUAUUUUAGCAGCAAUAUUGGUGAUGCGUGUGAGUUUGGCCCGGUUGGUGACAGUUAGCAUGUUGAAGAAGCAGGAGGAGCAGGAGGAGCAGUAUGUGAGGAUGGGCUUUGCUUUGAGCAACUGGUCAAUCAUCAGCUCUAUUGCUCUGGACCUAUCUGCAGCCUUCAACACUGUUAACCACCGAAUCCUCCCUACACUCGAUGAGCUGAGUGGUUCUGGUUCAGCCCCCAGAUGGUUCAAGUCCUUGGAAGUAUCUUGGGACAAGGAAGUGUCCAAACUACUAAACCUAUCCACUGGGGUGCCUCAAGGGGGGCAAUGGAUCAGCGUUCUCGUCGCGCCCUCCGUCAGUACCCGGGCUUGCUCGGGGAAGCAAAUGAUCCUACCAUGCCUGGACGAAGAAAUUGCUGCACUCCUACAAGCGAGAGCUCCUGGCGCCGAAAAAUCAGUGACCCUAAAGGGGCCGACCAGCUCUCUCCCCAUGAUUCGGCCCAAAACAUGCCUCGCCACCUCCUUGCUGACGUCGCAGCCUUGUUGGGACAUGGUGGCCGCCCACCAACCAUCCACCACUCCAUCCUUCUGGACCAUCCAGGGUUGCACGGCACUCAUCAGUGAACAAGACUCAGCAAGAACAAAUUUCUCCCCCUGCCUGUCACAGCGAGUUAUUAAAACCAUCACUGUCCAAAAAAAGGUGAAGGAUCUACAAAUCAUCUGUAAAUCAAUCUGUAUCUCAGGAAUUAAUAGGUCUCUGCUCCGGUCUGAUCAGGAAGGAAGACGCCUUCAGAGAGCUAUGGAUAAUCCAUUUGAAGAUGAAAAAAUCCAAAAAAUUAAAGAAAUUAUGACAGCUGAAGGAUCUGCCGCAGCGGCUGCAAAGAUCCAGGAGUGUUUGGAUGAGCAGAAUAAUAUUCCACUAAAUAUUGGCAUCACAGGAGAGUCUGGUUCUGGUAAAUCCACCUUUGUUAAUGCCUUUAGAGGCGUAGACAACAGGGAUGAAGGAGCUGCUCCAACUGGUUGUGUAGAAACCACCAUGGAGCCUACACCAUACCCCCAUCCUAACUUCCCCAACGUCACACUGUGGGAUCUUCCUGGUAUUGGCAGCCCCAACUUUCUAGCUGAAAAAUACCUGCAGGAUGUUGGAUUUGAAAGGUUUGACUUCUUCAUCAUCGUCUCAGCUGAUCGCUUCAGAGAAAAUGAUGUGAAGCUCGCUCUGGAGAUUCAGAAGAUGAAGAAAAAGUUCUACUUUGUUCGCUCGAAGAUUGACGAUAACUUACGUAAUGAAGAAAGAAGUCAGAGGGAGUUCAACGCAGAAAGAACUCUUCAAGAGAUCAGAAAAUACUGCAUUGAAGGUUUUGGAAAACAAGGUGUUGAAUCUCCACAAGUCUUCCUGGUGUCCAGCUUUGAUCUCCACCUGUAUGACUUCCCUCUUCUGCAGCAGACCCUCGAGGAAGAACUUCCUGCACACAAGAGGGAUGUUCUGCUGUUGGCCAUGCCCAACAUCAGCCUGGAGGUCAUCAGGAAGAAGAAAGAGGCUUUACAAGCUAAAAUAAUGCUCUACGCCUCUGCAUCUGCACUUGCAGCAACUGUACCCGUCCCUGGGCUCUCUUGUUCUGCCGAUUUGACCAUGCUGGCUGUUGUCAUUAAAGGGUACCAAGUUUCUUUUGGUCUUAAUACUGAGUCACUGCAGAAUCUUGCUUGUCGUACAAAAGUGCCUUUGGAGGAUCUCAGAGCAGUGAUGAUGUCACCACUGAGUGAAAAAAAAAUAAACGUAGAUUUGAUAAUUAAGGUGCUGUGUUUUACUGUGGCUGAUCUUACUAUAAUAGCAGCAGAGGAAGGGUUCAGAUUUGUUCCAUUCAUUGGAAUCCCAAUAGCAUCUGCCCUUUCUUUUGCCUUCACCUACAAAGCUCUCAGUACUUCCCUUGACAUGCUUGCUGAGGAUGCACAGAAGGUGUUUAAAAAGGCUCUGGGUUUGGACACAGCAGUGUGAUGUGUCAGAAUAAUCUGUUAUUCUGUCUCUGUGUGACGAACGUCACUAUCUAUGCAUGCGUAAUUCACUAUGUGUGUGUGUGUGUGUGUUUUCUCUGUGCAUGCAAGAUGCUUUGCUACUAUGCUCAUGUGCUAAUAUUGUUUUUAAAUUAUGAUUGAACUAAAUAAAUUUACUGCAUCUGCUUAAACUUCACCUGCCCUAUUUGGAGUAAGAUUAUAUAAUCACAAAAAGAUAUAUUUUAUGUUUUAUAUUUUAUGUGGACAUUGCAAAGUCUUUGUCUCCAAUAAUAUCUCUGCCAAUCAUAACAAGGCAGGAGUUUGUGUUUUGAAUGUUUUGAUAACAGGUCAGGUCACAGAUAUGGGGUGCUGAGCAGAAAGAUAACUGACUUCUCUGCUUGGUGACAUGACAUGUCCUGAUAUUGAUUAAAACUGACAAAUCAAAGGAUUCGCAGGAGGCACCUUUGAGGAAGAGUUCAACCUGCAUUCUUAGUAAACAUUGUUAGGUUAUAAAACUGGGUUUUAGGGAAAUGACACUUGGUCCAGCCUUCAUGAACUGAUCAGCCUUUGUGUAAUCAGGGAUGUGUAGUUUGAACUCAGAGACUCUGUAACUGCACAUUUUUUUGACGUAUUGUAAUAAAGUGAAGUUAAACUGAGAACUCGGACGUCUCCUGCUCAUCAUUCCCCAUCAAACGAUCUGUGCAGAGAAAUAGGUGAGGAUUAUGUGUUGGAGUCAGAUAAUUUAAUUUAAAGGUUUCCAUCCUCAACAGAUGUCAUAUGUUAAAUGGAAAUGUGUCACUGUAAAAACUGUUGGGUAGCAUGUAAAUGAGCUUCUGGAUGAUUUCUGACUACAUUGUAAUAUUACAGUAGUUAACGUUACUGCAUUCACAUCAAAGUUUUAUAAUCGAGAUACAAAUUUCACCAAACACUUUGAGCAAAUCAGGAAAUGUGAUGAUGAGCGUCUAAAUAAUGUAUCAUCUAAAUUAAAUAAAGGCUU